GAAGACGAGGAUGUCGUCCAUAUAUACGGUUAUCUUCCGGGCUGUGAUGAGCUCUCUGAAGAUCAUGUUCAUCAUAGCUUGGAAGUUGGUCAGGCCGAAAAACAUCACCGUGGGUUCGUAAGAACCCAACGGAGUGAUGAAGCUCGCCUUCCACUCAUCUCCUUCUUUGAUGCGUAUAUUGUUGUAUCCCCAUCG